UCCUCCUCCUCCUUUUAUACCAACCACCUUCCCUCCCAUUUCUCUCUAUCCCUCUCUCCCUCUCUCUGUGUGAUCCAGACACCAUGAGAGGAACUACGGGAAGGAAGCCGUGUCAAUCCUUGCUUCCCAACAGGGACCAGCGAUGCUACUAUCACAAUAGGUUUCUUAAGCCUGGAGCUCUGGGCCGUCUUAGGGACUUCAAACUCAGUGCAAGAUCCCGGAUCUUUGAUUCGCAUGCUCAGAUUCCUAUCUCCGAACUUCUUACGUCCCACUCGUCCUCCACUUCAACAUCUUCGUCCAGCGAUCAGAUCGAUCCGGCAAUGAACCAGAUCAAUUUUGGAGUUCCUUGCUUUGCUUUGAGGAUCAAUAGCCCUCGAUGCCUGCUCAGAAAGAAACUCUUUGCCGUUGCUCCAGUUUUCGCAGAGAGUAUACAGCGUCUUUCGGUCAUCUCGUGAGCAAGAGCAGCAUAUUAUGUUCCCUUCUACUCCGUCUUCUUUAAUGAACCUGCA